CCUACGGACAUCAAAACUCUUUUGUUAUUUUCCCACAAUUCUGAAGUCAAUUUCCAAAUUAGUCAUAAAAAACACGUUUGUUCUUUGAUCAAGUUAUUUCUUGAUCACAAAGACCACUAUUUCAUACUUUAUAAUGUAAUCUGCACUAAACUUUGUCACUGUGAGUGCCUUGUCGACAGAGGAGAACCACAUACAUUUAAUCCAAAAUACAGUUACAUCGAAAGCAACUGGACAAUGUAGGUUUUUUGAAGAGGUUUCACCUCUCAUCCAAGAGGCUUCUUCAGUUCUGACUGACCACUGAGAACCUACACAGACAAAUACAUUUAAAUGAAGAAUGAUGUAUUGUAAAAUGCAGUACCUUGAACGUGAUGCACGUUGCAUCACACUUCUACCUUUGACGACCGAGGAAAAUGAGCAAUUUUACGUGAUUCUGUAUUUUUUAAAAAAAAAAAAAAACUACACACACCUAGAAGUGUAUACUAAAUUACACAGUGGUGAUUUUGUAAAGUUCCUAAAUCUGUAUAAUUUGGGAAUGACUGCCACAGUAAACAAAACAGCCCCGUUAGAAAAGAGGGUAGGUGAAUUAUUGGGAUUACCGUAACCAUAGUGAGUCAUUAGUGAGUAAGUUAUUGGUAAGUUAGCCGGACUUUACCCUCGGACACGUUCUGUGAUUUUCAAUUAAAAAAUAAAAGCACGUUCCUGAGGCAGUUUCAGCCCUUUACGUCCAAGUUUGUAUGUAUUUUAUUUUGAAAGACCAGUCAGGAAAUGGUCAGAGUGACUUCAGUGAGUUCUUGCAGCCAGUACAGGGUUCAACAAUGUUGUCUAAACGAAAGAAACUUUAAAGAAGCUCGACAAGUUUUUUCUGUUUUGGACGGACCUUUAUUGUUGUCGGUGUAAACCUUUAUUUUAUAUAACGUCGUCGUGUCACAGUAAGUUCCGGUCUCUCACCGUGUGGAGGAAAACCGUACCAUGAUGCGUACGCUUGCGUCCAACGGAACCGUAAUGGACUUUCAGUCAGAGCUGGUGAAAAUUAAAACGCACUUCAAUGGAGACAUGCUGAUCACAGACUUGGCCUCCACACUCACCUUUGUGGAGUUGUGCGAGGAGGUGAGAACCAUGUGUAGUGUUGCCAAGCAGCAGCCCAUCACGCUCAAGUGGAUCGAUGAUGAAGGAGACCCUUGUACCAUCUCAUCUCAGAUGGAGCUGGAGGAAGCAUUUCGUAUCUACCCCCGGAACAAGAAGCCUGAACUCCUGCUGCACGUUUUCCCCAGUAUCCCAGAAAAGCCUGGCUUACCCUGCCCCGGAGAAAACAAGUCAAUCUAUCGCCGAGGAGCCAGAAGAUGGAGGAAACUCUAUCGGGUCAACGGACACCUCUUCCAGGCCAAGUACUUUAACAGGACAGCCGACUGUGGCCACUGUGCUGAAACGAUAUGGGGUCUGAGGCAGGGCUACAACUGUAUCAACUGCAAACUGCUGGUCCAUAAGCGCUGUCACAAACUCAUCUCUCAGACCUGCCAAAAGCUUAUGGAUCCAGUCAUGCCAUCACAGGAGCCUCCUGCAGAUGCCAAGAGUGAGGAAGUGGAUCUUCCACCGGACGACACCGAGGACAAAGAUGGCAUACCAUUAAUACCACACAACUGUACAGUGGAUAAAACAGAAGAUGCUGAUCCAGAGGAGGACAUCAAGACAGUCGUAGACGGCAUCGAUGACAUCAAGCUUUCUCAGGGCCUGGCUCUGAGCCUGAAUGACUUUGACCUGGUCCGAGUGAUUGGGCGUGGCAGCUACGCCAAAGUUCUGCUGGUACGGCUAAAGAAGGAUGACCAGAUGUACGCCAUGAAGGUGGUGAAGAAGGAGCUGGUUCACGACGAUGAGGACAUCGAUUGGGUUCAGACGGAGAAGCACGUGUUUGAGCAGGCCUCCACCAAUCCGUUCCUGGUGGGCCUGCACUCCUGCUUCCAGACGGAGAGUCGGUUAUUUUUGGUGAUCGAGUACGUAAACGGAGGCGACUUAAUGUUUCAUAUGCAACGACAACGGAAGCUCCCAGAAGAACAUGCGAGAUUUUAUGCUGCUGAAAUCUGUAUCGCUCUCAACUUCCUGCACGAAAAGGGCAUCAUAUACCGUGAUCUCAAACUAGACAACGUGCUCCUGGACCACGACGGACACAUCAAGCUGACAGACUACGGCAUGUGCAAGGAAGGGAUCAGACCAGGAGACACCACCAGUACUUUCUGUGGAACUCCCAAUUACAUUGCACCUGAGAUACUCAGAGGAGAAGACUAUGGCUUCAGCGUAGACUGGUGGGCCCUGGGUGUGCUGAUGUUUGAGAUGAUGGCAGGAAGAUCCCCGUUUGACAUUAUCACCGACAAUCCUGACAUGAACACAGAGGAGUAUCUCUUCCAAGUUAUUCUUGAGAAGCCUAUUCGCAUCCCAAGGUCUCUGUCGGUGAAAGCUGCCAGCGUGCUCAAGGGCUUUCUCAACAAGGAUCCUAAGGAGCGGCUGGGCUGCCAGGUCCAAACAGGCUUCACAGAUAUCAAGUCGCACACGUUUUUCCGCAGUAUAGACUGGGAGCAGCUGGAGAAGAAAGACGCAACACCACCCUUCAAACCUCAGAUUUCUGAUGACUACGGAUUGGAAAACUUUGACACGCAAUUCACUAAUGAACCUGUGCAGCUAACGCCUGACGAUGAGGACGUCAUCAAGAGGAUAGACCAGUCAGAAUUUGAGGGAUUUGAAUACAUCAACCCCCUGCUGCUCCCCGCGGAAGAGUCUGUAUGAAGGAGAGUCGUCCUUCCUCCUUGCCCACCUACUGUCUGUCCAAGCUGCCGUCUCAGCCCAAAAAAAAAAAAAAGCAACACUUGUAGGCCAACUUUGAGGAAGAGUAAAGGACAAGAGGGAGCAGUGGGCUCUGUGGACCUGUCCACCAAGAGAACAGGAGCGCGUUCUCCCCGCAGAAGUUUGAUUGUUUUGUUGGGAAAACCCAAACUUUUUCUUGGUGCAUACCAGAAGAAUCCAGACACUGAACUCCGAGAACAUUCCUGUCGCUGCACUGUCUUCUCAUGGUCCCUUUGUUUUAUCUCUCUCUCGUUAUCUUUUAGCUUCGGUCCUUUCUCCCGUCAGAACCUCCAUCCUCAUGUCGAAGCACGACCGGCUUUGUCCUUUUAGCAAGCUGUUGUUGAUUCUGUGCCUGCCAUCAUGAACGCGCCUCACCCCCACCCACACCCCAGGAUGAAUAUGACACCGCGGCUGAAGGACUUGAAAUUUUAUGUGCACUUUUGUUUUCUUUUUUUAAUCUUGUAAGAGGCAACGACAGCCUCACCCAAAAACCAGAAUGUACGAUUACAACGGGGGAAAAAUAUUGUGUAAAAUAUUGUGUAUUAUAUUGUAGGUAGUGAAUCCAACCUUGACGAUGCCUUUUUAUUGAUGCAAGUGGCACAUUCUCACCCCGAUCACAAACCUUACUCUUUAUUUGUUAGUUUUAAGGAUUGGACUCAUGACUGGGUAGGACAUGGGAAAAUUGGGAGACAACCGUUGAAUUAAGAAGUGCCUCAAAGAUCAAACGUAUUACCUUGUGUCUGAAUGAUGCACUUACAGAACAUCUCUCAGCCAUUAUGGAACAACUGCUGCCAAGGUUGGUUCACAUAGUUCAUAUUUAAAGGAGAAGCCUUUUUAUAGUCCUGACACAUGACUUCACCUUUAAUGAACCAGUAAUCUAAAAACUCUUAAUGACUCUGGAAUGAAUAAGUGUUGAUAAUGACAACUCAGAUUGUUUUCCAGGAACUUCUCAAAGAUUAGGUUUGAAGUUUUUACACACAGUAGAUAAUACACCGCAAAACAUGCCACUCUGGAAUAUGUGUGAAAAGUGUUUUUUAGUCUUUGUUUCAUAGACAGUGUAGAAGUCAUUACGUACUCAUAGUUGCAGUCCUAAGAGGAUCUUUUCUCUUCUGCGACACCAAGUCAGGGCUGACACGUUUUUCAAAAAUCAAGUUGAAGCUAAUUUUCCAAGAGAAGCUAGGCAAAUGAUAGUUGCAUGUCAUGUGAUUUCAUUAUGUAAUAGCCCUUUCCUACAUCAAUGAUGACAGUGCUGCUGAGUCAGUAGUAGUUCCAAAUUAUGUUAUUCACCUCUUGUGCAGGCACAAAGGCAUUAAUAGCCAACAGGCUACUGGGCAUAUAUUUUAUUUUAUUGUACAACUCCAGAUACUAUUAUUUUUCUUAGCAUAAUGAAUAACCUUCUUGGCUAACAGCAAAACAACAUAACCAGUUAUGCCUCUGUGCCUGUGCAGAGGAGUGUAAACUUGGCAUUUUUGGGUUUUGUACAACUUUAAUACCUGAACCCUAUUAUUAUGUUACUUCUUAGAUACUUUGGACUCACAUCAGUAUGCUCAGGAAAACUAUUUUGUUUGCUUGUUAAAAGCACAAAAAUGUGUCGCUGUCUUCUUAAACUGAUUGGCUCAAAUGUUUGCUACGUUUAAAAUAGUGGUUCUCAAACGAAGGUCAAAAUUCCUGUUUGUUGAACAAAGGAAAUGGGAUGAUGAAUCUGUGCAAUUUUCUGUGGCAGAUAAACAAGGAAAGUAUUGGUGCAAUAGCUCCAUGCCCCCUAUUUUGGGAACCACUGUUCUAAAGGAUCACACAGUAACUACGAGAGCCAGUUCAAAAUUAUUUAAAUUAUCUUUUAAUCCCUGAUUUUUUUCAUCCUUUAAAUUUUUUACCAAUAUUUUUUAAAUUGCUUUUAAUUUAAUUUUUGCUAAAGGUGACAGCCCUAACUCAGGUUCAGUCCAGAUUAUGUAUGUAGCUACACUCAUACAACUAGCAUAAAAAAAUGUUGAAAUGAUGAAUCAGGACAGCAACCCAUACAGUGACGUGUUGUAGGAAAAUGUCAAAAAACAUUUUUGCUUAUAGUUCUUUCACAGUUUGCUGUUCAGAUACUCAGAAAACUGCAGGUGAAUGUCCGGAGCUGAGGGUAGGAGCGUGGUUCUUCUGUGAUAAGGUAGGAUGCUCACCCAUUCAUGUGUGAAGAAUUUGACAUUACCUGUAGCUUCGACAGAUACUGGUCCACCUUUGAAGAAUGUCCAGACUGACUGUUGCACACAUGAGCAUUGCUGUGAACAUCGCCUGUCUGUGCAUUUCCUCACAGCCCAGCAUUUGAAUACAAAGCCAGUGUGAAGGUGGAAAAGGCCACAGCGUCCUUGCUGCCAGUCAUAGUCUGGCAGCUACAGAGAAACAUGAUACCAGAACUUUGGCUAAAAGGCCGUUGAUUGGCUCUGGCCUCCACAGUGUGCACAGGCUUGCUGGCCGAGCUCAGAUUCUUCCACACCAGCUGCCGCUGCGUGACCAUCUGCGGCCAGGCAAAAAAACGUCAUGUGACCAGUUGGUUGUUCUGCCUUGUGCAAACGUGUCUCCAUGUCUAUUUUGGGCUCAUUGUGUGUUUCCAUCUCUGCUGUAAGGCUGCCUUUACAUGGUGCAACUGCGGCGCGGUGCUGCUUAAAUGUUAGGUUCUUUCUUUUGUUGUUGAAAACUGCUCUUCCAAAUAUGGUUUGGUCCAGGCAGAGAAGACAACAUGGCACUGGAUGAAAUGCUGAAGAUGGGGUUUUUUAACUCUGGCUCAGUUCCCCCUUUGCUUUAUCAGCCUGUACACGUGAAAGGAGAAGGAAAGCGGAAUUAGAAUUGUGAGGCUGAAAGCUGAAUUGUCCAAUGGGAGUCUUACCAACUUGGUGAUGAAAUUCUGAAAAAGAUGAUUGACAGCGCCACAUGGGGCAGGCUACUAUUGGUGGAUCCAGCUCUCCAGGUCCUGUUAACAUGUAUUUCAAGCCUGGACAUCAUGUUCUGUAGAAGACAGGGGUCACAGCUGAGACAGUUGACCGCAGUAAAGUCAGCCUGACACUGUGACCAGCGUAUCUCUCCAUGCUAUUAGCUCAAAGCUAACCAGUGAUUCCUCAGAUCCACCAUGGUGUUCAGUAAAAAAAAAAGGCUUAGAAGUAGUUUAUACGUGACACAAGGAGGCUGGUACUACUUUAACUUCAUAUACUGCCACCUUUCUACACAGCACAGUUCAAACCAGACUCAUGCACAACACACACACACACACGUGCCAGAAGCGGAGCAUGAAUCACGUCCCACAGGAGCUUUGUUCGUUUAUCUUCGUCUGCGUUCUCUUGAGAGUUUGAAGGAGCAGUGUCUAUUGGCUGUGAGCCGCUUGAUGAAAUCUGACCCGUGUUAAUGUGAUAACAACAUAACAGGAUUAAUUAGACGAUCCUGAGUCAAAGGGCCUCAAUCAGCUUCAGGGCAGGGAACAGAUAUGAAGAGGUGGAGAUAAUGAUGCCGGGAAUUACUUAGACUUUAUAGGGAAUCUCAUCCUGUGACGCCCCCUUGUUCUCCUCCUCCUCCUCUGCAGGAGGUUAUUAGUGUGGUGUUCUUACAUGGCAGGUGAAAUGUUGGUGUCAUUUUUGUCCACGUGUGUUUUCUCGAGGGACCAAUGGGUGAAGUCCAAGUCUUUCAAAUCACAUUAGGAGACUGUCCAUGAUGUCCAUUCAAAAGCAUGUUGGACAAAGACAAUUGUGACGUAAAAAGGUGAAUGAACUUUGGUUUUAACACACAGCUGCCCACAUUUGUUUCAUUUGGCUUCACAGCAUCUUUGUAAAUAUGUGUAAUUAUUAAAAAUGAUACUGUUUUUCCG